GCAUAAUGCAUCCAUUUUAGCCAGACAUUCUUCAGUAUCUGUGAGAGUUUGAGAAUAUGUGGUUCACAUUUGUUCUACUUCAACUUCUGCCUCAAUUCGCCCUCUGUGCUCGUUGUCCCAAUCGGUGCAUUUGUGACAUUAGGGGUUCUGCAAAAUGCACUGGGGACAUCACCGACAUUCCUCCUCUCGACCCAACAACAACCUUCCUACUCUUGCUAAAUGACACAAACAUAAAGAUCCUCAAAGACCGAAGUUUCCAGCCGUUCUCUCUUCUGCUACGACUAAUGAUCACGCACAGCACUCUAGACACCAUCCAACCAGAAGCCUUCCAUGGUGCUCCACAGCUUCGGUCCAUCAAGCUCUCAUCAACCACACUCUCUGUCUUCCCACCCAAGGUGUUUAGUGAGCAGAGCAACUUGGAGCAACUGCAGCUAGAUGGGAACCAAAUAGCUUCCGUUAGUUCAGAACUCUUUGAGGCGAUGGUCAACCUGACUGAACUAAAUCUGAGCAAGAACCGCAUCUCCCAGCUGGAUGCUGACGUCUUCCAGGGUUUGACCAAGCUGAAUUACUUAAACUUAGCUGAUAACCAACUGAGGAACCUCCCGAAGACCCUCUUCCACAACCUUUUGCAACUCAAAUCUUUGGUGCUGUCAUCCAACCAGUUGGAGACUCUUGAAAGUGGUUCCUUUGACCAUCUAAGCAACCUGUUGGUGCUAAUGCUACAGAAGAACCAGAUCCGAGAGAUUCCUCCACGUCUUUUCUGGCCCUUGCCAUCCCUGCUCACCCUCUCAAUGUCUGCCAACCAACUCCGGUAUAUUCCAGCCGAGACCUUCUACUACUUGCCCAACCUGACCAAGCUCACCCUCUACAAGAACCCCUUCAUAUCCCUUCCUUACCAGCUGAUGGGACACAUGCCGAGACUCCAAGAGCUGUACCUUUACGAAACCAAUCUAUCCACUGUCCCAUGGAACCUUUUUGCAAACAUGACCAAUCUACUGGCUCUCAAUUUACACUUGAACAACAAGUUGACCUCCCUCCCAAAGAACCUCUUCUGUUGUCUGCCCAAGCUGAAGAAACUGUCCCUGAAGAACAACAACCUUCAGGAACUAGACCCGGAGCUCUUCUCAAACUUGAUCAACCUUCAAAUUCUGAUUCUUAACAAGAACAAGCUUGAGUCUCUCCCAUCGGCUAUCUUUCACAACACCUCAAGACUAGAAAUACUAGACCUGAAACACAACCAUCUGAGGUAUCUCCCCGGAGAUGUUUUCGUACACGCAAUGGCGCUAAAAGAUCUCUCUCUUAGCGGCAACAAAUGGAAUUGCGAUUGUAGCAUUAUGGGUAUUGCAGAAUGGAUUCGUGAAAACCCAAAACAAAUCAAUGACUUGGACAAAGGAGUAACAUGCUAUGAACCAUACCGCUUAGAAAACUAUCCGCUGCAAACGCUGACUUACGAGGAACUCCAUUGUGGUGUUUUCCAGACCACAUUUAUGGCUACAAGUGCCAUUACCACUGGGGCUCCAGCGACACCAACCCUGCAAACAUCUACAUCUACAAGCACAACAGCAAGAAAUACUGCAAAUGCAACUACAACUCCAACUACUUUUCCAACAGAUGCCUCUCUACUUUCUCCUACACCUGAUCAUAUUUACAUGAAACAAGGCAAUGGUAACAACAAUGAUCCGGCGUUCUACGAUACAAUUGUGCUGGAUAACGGACCUGAAAUUGUGCACAACAAUCAUUACAAUGGCUGGGUGUACCUGUGGACUGUCCCGUCAACGGGUCCCUACAGUGGAUUUAUGAUGGCUUUGUACAUUGUUCUCUUGGUCAGUGGUGUAGUCCUGAUUGUGGCCAGCUUGUAUGCUUUGUAUCGGCUUCAUAAGGUGAUUUUGCGUUUAGGAAAAGUCACUAUGGGAGAAAAAUCAGAGAAUAGUGGCUAG